CUGUAUUAGGUCAUAGCUAGCUAGUCCUCCAUUAAAUUAUUAAACUAAUGCAAUGGCUGUUGCUUCCUUUUUGCUGAUUAUUAUUUCAUUAAGUUGUGUGUCUAGCUUAAAUGACAAUACUACUGACUAUUGUAACCAACUGAACUGCCCUCCAUGGAUGCAAGCAAAGGGCUCAGAGUGUGUGUGCAGGAAUGACCUUCCUAAAGAAUUCUCCUGUAAAGAUGGAGGUGGUGCCUUCCUCAAUUUCUUUAGCUGUAUGAGCAUGGAUGAUAAUGAUACUGUGUCUGUUGGUGAAUGUGCAUACCCAAAGGUGUCUGCUGACUUGGGUGUGGAAUUGCCGUCAAAUUUGUCCAUUCAUGAACUAAAUGCUGUGUUUUGUGAUCCCCUCAACAGAGAGGGCAUUCUGUGCCAUCGUUGUAAGGAAGGAUUUGGUGUGGCUCCAUUGUCAUUGGAAUACGCCUGUGUCGAGUGCCCUGACAACACUGCUGGGUGGUGGGUGCUGUUCCUAGUGCUGCAAUUCGGACCCGUCACCAUCUUCUACCUGAUUAACUUGGUCUGGCAGGUCUCCUUUGCUAAAGCUCCUUUCAGGUCUUAUGUGUUCUUUAGUCAAAUUCUGUUCCGGUUAUUUUCUUCAAAAAGGUUUAGAAUAGGUACAUAUAACCUGAGUGUAUUUGCUAAGGUCUGUUUCUAUGCUCUCGAGUUCCUUAACGGUAUCUGGAGUCUUAACUUUGUGUCUGUAUUGCCACCUUUCUGCAUUAGUACGUCUUUCACAAACAUUCAUUUUGUGUAUCUCCAAUACUUAGUGGCAGUCUACCCUUUGUUUCUCAUUGCUUUGACACUCGUACUGCAUAAACUUCAUGAGCGAAACUUUAAGCCUGUGGUAAUCCUCUGGAAGCCAUUUCACAGAUGUUUUAUCUCCACAAGGCAAAUGUGGGACUACAAGAGCUCAAUUGUGAACGUAAUCGUCAACUUUUGCUUAUUCUCAUUAUCUAAAAUAAUUUUUAUUGUGUUUACAGGUUUUAAUUUCUCGGAAAAGUACAAUCUUUGUGUACCUGGCCAAGUGGAACCGUCGGUAUUGGUGGAUCCAUCCAUUCCUUACCCAGAUCCUGUCCUGCUCAUUCUGUCUCUUGUGUUCUCCAUAGCUACCAUCACUGUCAUCACACUCGUCAGUUGCUAUCCACUGAAGUGCAUGAAGCUGUGCUUUAAGCGUUGUUGCCGAUCUCAAGUCUUCCUCUAUUUUCAAGCAUUUUUCGAGGACUUCACCUCCAGUUAUAAAGACGGUACUACCAAAGGCUCUUGUUGUAAUUUGAAGUAUCUUGUGGUCGUGUACCCUGUUCUUCUGAUUGUAUUACGAGCAAUUGUUUUUGUUACUUCCAAAACUGUUCGAUCUGUGUUGCCUGCAAUGUACUCGCUACUUCUAUUCUUUUUCGCCGUGUUUAUAGCUCUGGUUCGUCCCUACAAGAAGGCUACUGACUAUGUAACUGAAUCUCUCCUCAUCGUUUUAAUGGCUGUAGUUUUUGAACUUGGUUGUCUGGACGACUUACAGCUUAGUAAAUGGCGUGCGUAUGUGUAUAUUCUUCUAGUCAGCAUACCCCAUGGAUGUUUCGUAAUGUUCAUUGUUUACAGUGUGUGCAAGAGGUACAAGAGAUAUUGUGCCUGUGGUUGUAAAGAAAAGAAAGAAGUGGUGGAGGACAAUGAAUUGCCCGACAGAUUUGUCAACGCUGAGAACUACGUACAACGCAAUGUCCCAAAACCCACCAUAGGCAGAGUCAUCCUAUAAUAUGAAUUAUUUUGUGUGUUUUGAUAAUACUCUUUACCAAGUUUCGAUUAUGUCACCCUAAUAGUAAUGACUAAACUGAUCUGUUUGUUUGCUUGUAUAUUGCAUGUGUAAUAGUACUUCUCUAUAAUUAUUGGGAACAUAGCCCUUGCAUGUAUGAUCAGUUAAUCAUCUGUU